UGCAUCACCUUUGCACAUGCCAUUUGCACAUACUUAGGAGCCAAAUUUUAUGUUAUGAUCCACAAACAAUGCCUAUAAAUACCCAACACCUUACCCUUCCAUUCUCUUCAAAUCAAAAUCCCAUUUCUCAUAUCACCACAAGAAUCACAAUGGAUUGUCACAAGAUCUUCCUAUCCCUUCUCUCGAUAAUAAUUCUAUCGUGCCUAAUCAUACCCUCCAGAGCCCAAAACUCAGCUCAGGACUACGUCAACGCCCACAACACCGCUCGUGCCCAAGUGGGAGUCAGUCCAGUGGUGUGGAACACAACGCUGGCCAACUGCGCCCAAAACUACGCUAAUCAAAGGAAGGGUGACUGUGCUCUGACGCACUCCAAUGGCAUAUACGGUGAAAACCUAGCCAAGGGCAGCAGCAGUAGUUUCAGUGGUGUGUCUGCGGUGAACAUGUGGGUAGCCGAGAAGCAGUACUAUGAUUACAACACGAACUCGUGCAUUGGGGGGAACCAGUGCCUGCACUACACGCAGGUGGUGUGGCACGACUCGACACAGGUGGGGUGCGCUCGCGUCCAGUGCACUAACGGGUGGUACUAUGUGGUUUGCAACUACGACGCCCCGGGCAACUGGGAGGGGGAAUGGCCUUAUUAAAUAUAAAUUAAUGAAUUAAACUAAGGUAAUUGUACGUACCAUCACACGUUUGUGUAUGUGAUUGUACUAAAAUAAGCAAGCUACUCCAUCUAUAUAUAUAUAUAUAUGUGGAUAAAUAAAUUUUAGAAAAGAUGUGUAAGUAAUGCAUGCAUGCAGAGUUGGUAUUUGUUACAACAUCUUGAAGAAUAAGAAUAUUACUCAAAUUUGAU